UCUGAUCUGAAGUCAGGCGAGCAGCCAUGUUACUUCAUCUCCAGUGUUUCACUGUCUUCCUCUGUUUCCCCAUCACUGAAAGGAACAGCACACGAUUGAUGGGUGACUUUAUUGUUUUCAUUAUGGGUCCAUUAACUCCACACUACGCCAUAUAUUUGGUCCAGAAGUGGAAGUCCUUUUCACCGUCUGAUAUCAGUGAUGGUACAAGAUGGAUGUUGGUCCGCUCUGUUUCACUCUGUUCCUGAAGCUAGUCCACAUUUUGAAAUUCAACACAUUUGUAUUAUAAUUUGCAAUAAGAUAGCAGAUAAUGUGCUCCUUUGUUUGCUUGUGAAAUGCAUUGUUAUGACUUGUGUGCCUUUUUGGUGCUCACGCCACAAAGUUCUUUUUGUAAAUAUGCUGACUCUUGUGUUUAGUGUUAUGAAGUCUUUUUGUUUGUUUGUUUUGCUAUUUGACGCGGCUUGAAUGACUGUUUUACCCAUAGUGUUUCAGUUUUGUGUCAUUAUCAACAUUUUAUGAUGUUUUAUUUGGAGUUUAUUUAAUUGCACUGGGAGGUCUCCCCCAUUCAUAUGGAAAUAAACAUGACACACGAGACAUGAGUUGCCACAGCCUUCUUUAUUGGAGCUAGCUAAACUUCAUCAGGCCAGUCAGACUGAAUUUAGUCGACUCAUAAAUAUCUGUACAUAAUCCAGCAUGACUUCAAUUCUGCAUCAAAUGCCUACUUCAGAUUGAUUAAUCUAGUGCACUGUUUUAUAGAAGAUUCUCCGCCUCUUAGUUCUCUCCACUGGAACUGGUCAGACUCUGGUUGCUCUUGUUUGUAUUUUGUCGAACUGCACGGGGGACGUUGCUCACUGGUAAAGGAGGACAGCUGAUGUACUUUGGCUCUAAUCGUCGUGAUGCUUGAUGAUGUCAUCGCUCCCUCGAUUUGGAUUUAUUACAUUCCCUGUUACAGAAAUCUACUCUCACGUUUCAAUCAAUAGAAAUUUUAUUUUGCCCAUGAAAUUUUGCUGCGAAUGACGUCAUAUGCAGUGUUUAAGCAGUGGCAUUGCUUGCCCUGCAGGUGGCGAUGUAUACAUUUUCUUUCCACCCUUUAACAACGUCCUUUAAAAGUAAAAAGAUAGAUAAAAAUGUUUUUAGUUCGAUGCAUUUAUCAUAGGUUGAGACCACAUAUGAAUUAGUGUGCUUAAGUCACAGCAGUUGCUAUGCUUAACCUGCAGAUGGCGGUGUUGGCUCAACAGCCAGAGCUGCCCGCUGCAGAAGGUGAUGGGGCAAAGAAGAGUGAACUAGCAAGAAUGCUGACUUUAUUCCCAUUAAAUUCGACAUUGAAGAGGUCGAAUCUUUAUUCCAGAUGAACAAGUAUGUCUGAGUCCAGCUGUCGGUUUGAAACGAGGUCAAUAUUUCUUUUACUGGAUCCGUGGAUCAAGAUCAAGAAGUCAGAUGUAAUCACUCCAUCUGGUCUGGCCUUUGGUCUUCUCCUGGCUGGACAUGCCUGGAAUACCUCGGAGGGAAACAACCAGGACCACCUUGACACCAAAUUUGGGUUUGACAUCGAGCAAGACACCAUUCCUCUCAUCAGUGCUUCUCUGUCCAAGCAUGGGUGCGAGGAGCUGGCUGUCCAGUGUGCCAACCAGAGAUGAGAUUGACCCCCACCUCCGGCCCUUGGUAGCUGGGACAUCACUGCCCUGUGAAUGAGCAGGUGAAGAUGAUGUGUCGCCUCUGUUUAAUCCUACUAACUGUUUGACUGUUGACACGGUUUUUUGCGCCUAAACAAAAGGAGCAGCACUUUAAUAGCUGGCUUUUUGUGACGUCAAACGUGUGACCGAGGAACACCUGAGAGGUCGGGACUGUCAGCGGGACAGGGGCGGUGACAGCUGGAGGUGGGGCCGCAGUCAGGAAACACCAUUUAAACUGCAGUGGGACGAUUAACACCGGAGAAUCAGCCGCAUCACCUCCACUGUGAAACUAUCUCUCGCUUUUGUUUCCUGAAAACUGUUUCUCCCGCGACAGACUCAACCAUGUGCGGGAUUUUUGCCUACCUGAAUUAUCAAGUGCCUCGCACCCGAAAGGAGAUAUUUGAGACUCUGGUGAAGGGACUGCAGAGGCUGGAGUACAGAGGAUACGAUUCAGCAGGUAUCGCGGUGGACGGACCCACCAAAGUCAAUGACGUGAACAACAACUCGAUCUGCUUGAUCAAGAAGAAAGGGAAGGUGAAGGCUCUGGAUGAGGAGCUCUACAAAAAAGACACACUGGACCUGGACGAAGAGCUGAGCACACAUUUUGGCCUUGCUCACACUCGGUGGGCCACACACGGAGAGCCGAGCGCUCUGAACAGCCACCCUCACCGCUCUGACAAGGAUAAUGAAUUCGUUGUCAUACACAAUGGCAUCAUCACUAAUUACAAGGAACUGAAGAAGUAUCUGAUCAACAAGGGCUACGAGUUUGAGUCGGAAACAGACACAGAGGUUAUUCCCAAGCUGAUCAAGUAUGUUUACGACAACCGUGAGAAUGACCACGUCACCUUCUCCAAGUUGGUGGAAAGAGUCAUUCAGCAGCUGGAGGGCGCCUUUGCUCUGGUGUUCAAAAGCCGCCAUUUCCCGGGAGAAGCUGUGGCCACCAGGAGAGGGAGUCCACUACUUAUCGGUGUGCGCAGUGAGAAUGAGCUGACGACUGAAAACAUCCCCAUCCAGUACAACACCGGUCACUUCAAGGAGGGAGUGCAGGAGAUGAACAGCCGUAAUCGCCGGGACUCCUGCACUAUUAACUCUGUGGGGGAUGGGAGUGCUGUGGAGUAUUACUUUGCCUCUGACGCCAGUGCUAUCAUCGAGCACACUAACAAGGUGCUGUACAUGGAGGACGAUGACAUCGCAGUGGUGACCGGAGGAAGGCUCUUCAUCCACAGGAUCAACCGGCAGGUCGGGGAGGAUCCAGUGAGGGCCAUCCAGACUCUUCAGAUGGAGCUGCAGCAAAUCAUGAAAGGAAACUUUGAGGCCUUCAUGCAGAAAGAGAUCUUCGAGCAGCCAGAGUCAGUUGUCAACACCAUGCGAGGUCGGAUUUGUUACGACUCAAACACAGUGAUUCUCGGAGGACUCAAGGACCACUUGAAGGAAAUCAAGCGCUGCCGGCGGUUAAUCAUGAUCGGGUGCGGCACGAGUUUCCAUGCUGCCGUUGCGACCAGACAGAUUCUGGAGGAGCUGACGGAGCUGCCGGUCAUGGUGGAGCUGGCGAGCGACUUCUUGGACCGCAACACGCCCGUUUUCAGGGAUGAUGUCUGCUUCUUCAUCAGCCAGUCAGGAGAGACGGCUGACACCCUGAUGGCGCUGCGCUACUGUAAGGACCGCGGCGCCCUCACUGUGGGCAUCACCAACACCGUGGGCAGCUCCAUUUGCCGGGAAACAGACUGUGGAGUCCACAUCAACGCAGGACCAGAGAUUGGAGUGGCCAGCACCAAGGCGUAUACCAGCCAGUUUGUGGCCCUGAUCAUGUUCGGGCUGAUGAUGAGUGAGGACAGACUGUCCCAACAGCAGCGGAGGCUUGAGAUCAUCCACGGUCUGAAAAUGCUACCUGAGCUGAUCAAGGAGGUGUUGAACUUGGACAAGAAGAUCAGGGACAUUGCCAACGAACUCUACCAGCAGAAGUCCCUUCUGGUGAUGGGCAGAGGCUUCAACUACGCCACCUGUCUGGAAGGAGCUCUGAAAAUCAAAGAGAUCACGUACAUGCACUCUGAAGGAAUUCUAGCCGGAGAGCUGAAGCACGGCCCCCUGGCCCUCAUCGACAAGCACAUGCCGGUCAUCAUGAUCAUCAUGAAGGACGCCUGCUACACCAAGUGCCAGAAUGCUUUGCAACAAGUCACAGCCAGAUCCGGUCGGCCCAUUAUCCUGUGCUGCCAGGAUGACGAGGAGACGUCAAAGAACGCCUACCAGACCAUCGAGCUGCCGCAUACCGUCGACUGUCUGCAGGGAAUCCUCAGUGUCAUCCCGCUGCAGCUGCUCUCCUUCCACUUGGCUGUGCUGAGAGGAUAUGACGUGGACUGUCCCAGAAAUUUGGCCAAAUCUGUAACUGUUGAAUAAAUGCAGUGGAGCAUGAAGAGUGAGAGGAGGCUGAAAGAAUUACAGUGCAAUCCAGUGCUUGUGUGUGUGUACAUGUAAUGAGCGUGUGUGUGUGUGUGUGUGUGUGUGUUGUCGGGCUGAGGGCUAAACUGAGGGACUGUGAGAAUGGAGCGAGCGAUUGUGUGCGAAUCAGUGAGAGAAACUAUUGACACGGGAAGUGCGUGGUACUUUUCUACAAUGUGAAGUCCAACCAAUACGCUUGAAGAAGCACCAGCAACAUUCAGCGGAACAUUCUAUGAAAUCAAAGUGACAACGUGCCUUUCUAUCAUGAGCCAAAAUCACCCACUACAGCCUUGACGAAAUAGUAUUGACAGGACAAUUGAAGUUAAGACGCUUGUGCAAUAUGGGGACCAAAGAAAACCCUCAUGUGAGGGUGAGUGUAGGAUUUUUCACUUUGUUCUCACUACAAUUUUACGACAUUAUAGUCACUACUUUUAAAAUAUUUUGCAACCAAAGGAUCAUUACCGUUUACACAUGAUUAAUUUAAGAGUGCUGCGAAAAAUGUUGUAAAAUGGCUUUAAUUCAUCCUUCUUUUUUGUCACUGUCAUGGGUUUUUGACUAUGUAGUCUAUAUUUAUCUCAUUUGUAUUUUCUAGUGGUCUAAGACUGUUGGGGUUUUUUAACUAUAUUAUUUACUGUAUGUUUUUUAUAACCACAAACAUGCACUGUUAAUACAACAAUACUCAAUAAAAGG